AUGGAGGAUUCUAGUUUUGACUUGGAGUUGGAGUUAUCUUCCCUCCCUAGAGAAAAAUGGUGGGCCGAUGAUUAUCUCUAUCAACUUGGAGGCUUUUGGUUUUUGCCUCAAUCGAUCGAAGGUGUUAUCAGAGUUAAUAAGAAUUUUCGACCACUUCCCAGUGAUGUAAUCUUAGCCUCUUUUCCUAAAACUGGCACCACUUGGCUCAAAGCCCUUCUCUACUCUAUUGUUAACCCAUCCUCCAAACAUCGCUUGACUGUCGAAAAUCCACACUCGUUGGUCCCAUUUCUGGAAUACUUUGAUUCCUAUGGUAAGCCGCCUUAUGAGUCUACCACAGUCGUCUCUCCUGAUGCUAAUCACUGUCGACGAAUUUUCAGCACACACAUGCCAUACCAACUCCUAGAAAGAACCCUAGAUUCAUCAGAUUGUCGUGUAGUUUAUGUGACACGGAAUCCGAAGGACACUCUUGUAUCGACAUGGCAUUUCGUGAACAAGUGGGAGAAGGCAAGGGAGGAGCCCUGGCCUUUCGAAGUGGCAGUGGAGAAAUUUUGUUGUGGAGUUACUCCUUAUGGGCCUUAUGAUGAUCAUGUGAUGGGUUACAGAAAGUUGAGUUUGAAAAGGCCAAAAAAUGCGCACUUUCUCACUUAUGAGGAGCUUAAGAAUGACCCUGAAACUCAUGUCAAGAAUUUGGCUGAGUUUUUGGGGUGUCCCUUUGAAGGAGAGGAUGUGGAGGGGCAGGUGAGAGAGAUUGUGAAGAGUUGCAGCUUUGAGGUACUAAGUAGUCAUGAAGUGAACAAGUCCGAGGAUGUUCUCCCUGGAAUACCACUCAACCUAACACUAAAUUCUUUCUUUAGAAAUGGGGUUGUUGGGGGUUACAAGGACCAUCUAUCUGAUGAGAUUGUGGAGAAAAUAGAUGCACUUACCAGGGAGAAAUUUCAUUCUUUGGGUUUCAUGUAUGGGAUUUAG